AUGACCGCCGCUGUUUUACUGCACGUGCAGCUUAUUCACGUGGGUGGCGCGGAUGAUGAGCGGGGCGGCGGCGUGCUCCGUUCUCCGCUAGAUAAUGCGCGCCGGGUGAGAGUGCUCGCCCACGGUGCAUGUACGCGGCGGCGGGCGGCGCGUCGCUCGCGGGCCGAAAGGGUAUACCAGGAAAAAGGAGCGCGUCACAACUUAUUUGAAAGGCGCGCCAACACGGCCGCCAGCCCGUGCCGCCGAGCCCGCGCGCGGGCAGCCCCGUCCACCCCGCGCCCACCGGCGUCCGUGCGUACUCCUGCCAGCACUGGGAGUCACGACUACAGGUGCCACCCCGCAAUCUCUCCGGCCUCGGACUCCAGACACCAUGCGAGCUCGUCGAGGGCAGUAGUACAAACAUCUGUAUCGUUUCCUCGAACUUUCAAGCAAGUGUCACUUCCACUCUUCCCUAGUCUUUGCAUGGAAAAGUCGAGUCGACCAGACACUAGGGCCGAGUGUGUCAAGGCUCUACGCUAUGCAGAUAUUGAUGUGCUCGAUCGAUGUCCGACUGAC